ACAAAAGGCGAGAAUUUUUAUUUUUGGGGGAAAAAUUGGAUAAUGUUUUACUUCCUCAUCAGGUCUUCCUCUCUCCGGAACUAAAGCCGGCGAUGAUCCCAACGAGGGCUUCUGUGGCGGCGGCGGCGGGGUGGAGCCGGAACGCCCUUCCGGAGGCCCCUCCGCCCGCAGCGAAGGAAGAGGAUGAAGAGCACGCCGAGCUCUCCAUUUCAGAUCAAAGGACUCUUUAUCUCGUGAACAUCUUCAUCGGAAACACCGCCCGGUUCCUCAACUCCUUCGCCUCUCUCUGCCAGGACAAGCUCGCCCAGGUCCACAGAUUUGUUAAGAAGCUUCAUUCUUGCUUUAUGGGAGCAACAUAUUGGCAUCACAGUUUACCGAAAUAGUGCUGUGGGAAUCAGCAUCAUCAACUCUUGAAGUCUGAUCUUUCAUUUUUAUAAAACAGUCAACAAAUCUUUGCUAGGUGGUUCUUUAUAUGACUUAAGCUAGCAAUCUUUUGUAUGGUAUAAUUUCUAGUGGUUUACAUGACUAUUCAGCUCCUAAUACAGUAUCGCAACAUUUAUAUGAUAAAAGAGAAACUACCUCACAUUGGUUAGUUCGAUGAUUUAAAUCCUCAACAACUGACAAAAAUAAUUAAAGUUUUCUUAAGUAAGAGCAAUUUAGCAAGUUUCCACGAAAAUAACCAGGCUUGACUGUGUUGAGUCUGUCAUGGGGUUCUAUGUAAUGUUGCAGCUAGCAAUACCCAAGCCAUUUGUUGUAUGCUAUCCUAUCUAAAAUUACGAAACUAUCUAUCUUUAGGUUCAUGCUUUGGACUAGCAUUCUCCUGUGUUUCUUUAAAAUUGUCACUUCUUCUAUAUCCCUUUCUUUGUUCUAUGAUUCUUUCCCUUUCAGACAUUAGCUGUAACUUACAAACUGGAUUUUAAUGUUUCCAAGUUUUUGGAUGAAAUUAUCCUUCGAUCUUAUACUCUCGGUGCAAUGAUGGUACUGGAAUAAAUAGCCGUAGAAAGUCUUGUUCCAUGUCUUGUGAUGGAAUUGCUAAACAGGUCGGUAUCCAUCCGUUAGUACUUUGUUUUCUAAUUUGUUGUCUAAUAUAUCAUUUGUAAUCUUGAUUGUCACAAGCACUGCUAAACAAAUGAGUUUGUGCUGUAAAUCAAUAUUUUAUAAAUGAGCUGUUUGCCUGUUUAGCUAAGUAUGAGCUUCUUAUAGAAAAUUUCGAUGAGGAAUUUUAAGUUGUCUUUAUCAAUGCAUUUAAUUCCCUUUUUUUGUAACUCUGACUUCAUGCUUUGCACUAGGUGACUUUUCUUUUUAACUCUUUGACUUAAUGUUUUGUAGGAUUGGUAUUAGGAUUAAUUUUAGAACCAAAUGUGUGGCACACUUAUAUCCACACCCUUGUCAAUCAUAUGAUAUAUCAAGUCCAAGUACCAUAGUAAAAUACUGUUGUUGCAACAAACUGUAAUGCAUAUCCUCCUGCUUGGUUUUGUUUUCUUUCCCUUCCCUUGGACAUCCUUCUUUUUCUUUGUAGGCUAAUCUGGAGUUUUGUUAUUGUUUUAUUUUUUUUCUAAAGAAACAAACCUCCAUUUCAGUGUAGUCUCUUAGGACCUUGGCAAUAACUUUCAAGGCCUUUACAAACUUGGUAAGCUGACACCUUCCUAAAAUCUUAAUAGCACGAAAGAGAGAUAUAUAGUUGUAUGUUAAAAUAAUUAAUGAAUCAGGUAAAGUAAUACAUUUUGUUUCGUCGAGUUUGUCAAGUCUGAUUCGGUUUCAUUAUGUAUUUCCUAGAAGGAUAUUGAAGUUAGAUGCAAAUCUGACCCUUCUAGAAGCACAAUUGCAGAGCAGAGGUCACAUUCAUGAGUUCGACAAUAAAUCCAACUUAGAAGCCUCAAGUUCUACAAGUGCAAACAUUCGAUGAGAGAAAAUCCAGCAUUCAAAUCUGAUGAAUAGUUUUGGUACUCAUUCUUCUUGUAGCUCUAAAUGUCUACGGCCUCGUCUUGCCCUCUCCCUAUGUUGUGCACUACUUGGACCAUGAGCCUCCUUAUUACUCGUAGUGUAUAAGGGUAAAUCGAAUAAAAUAUUGAUCAAAUUUUUAUUAAUUAAUUAUUAAAUAUUGUAACUUUUUAUC